AUUGAUAAAUUGUUUUAUUACUUUCAAACAAUAUUUAUUCCAAACAAAGAUGAAUGUGAUAGCUGGUGGUUGGAUACAAUUUAGUCUGAGGGUUAUGCUACAUUUCCACAUAGGAAAGAGCCUUUUCACAUAGCUGAGCACCAUUAGCCAGUUAGUUGGUUGGAAAUUUGACAACAUCACAUGGGCUUUUGGAAAAUGGGAUGGGUCACUUUUGUGUCAUUGCCCUCCGUCAGGUGGAAUCGGCUCACGUGUGCAAUUUUUUUUUUGGAGAAAUACCCCCACCAUCCCUUUACUUUACUUUUGUGUCUUUUAUUACCAUAUGUUAGCUAACAGUAUUAUUACUUUGGACCUAAUUUCAUCGUAAAUAAUAGAAUAUUUUAACAUGGUUUCCGUUUACUUUGAAAUUUGGAGGUUUAUUUUGUUUUGUUUCUUUUUAAUACGCGUGUGUGUGUGUGUGUGUCUGUGUGUGCGCGCGCGCGCGCGCGUGUGGAGUGAUGGAUCGGGCGUGACGUCACUCUCCCAGAAUGCAUGGCUUCCAACGCGGCGCCCAGCAGUCGAGGCCCGAACUCUUAACAAACAUCUUUAAAACUUGUUCCAAAAUGUCCACAUCGAGCCGGGACGGAGGCUGGAGAGGGAACUGGGCCGCGGUUCCGUCGGUCUGUACCGAUAUCAAGCUGCCUCUGUGAUUGUGGCAUUCAGGCCUGCUGAAUACUCAAGUAGACCAACACAAGAGCUCUUCUCAGGAAACACACAGACCCAGUCAGAGCUUCCACAACUCCUCAUCACCGCAGCCCUUUUGGGGUUGCUAUGGCAGCUGCUGUCACAGAAACCAAGUGCUGGACACAGGCUUGCCCCAGUGAGGCAGGACAGACCACUAGUCAUUGCCACAAGAGACCAUCAAACAGUCAACAAACAGCUCUUAGGAUCAAUUCGAGCCCUCUGAGUUAACAAAACGACAAGAGGUCGGUAGGCUGAUGGUCAGCUCUCUGGAGGAUCCUCAUGAGUCUGGCCUGUGUCUGCUCCGGCUCUUGGCCAGAGUCCAUGUGCAGCAGCACAGCCAAUACUGUUUCUUCUGUUAGACCAUGUUUCACCAGCAGGACCAUCUGAAGAGCCAGCUGCAGGAGAGCCACCCAGCUAGCAGGCAUCUCUUCCACUGCCAGGAGUGUGGAAAGCAGUACAACACCCAGCUGGGGUACAGACGCCACUUGGUGGCAGCCCACAGCUCUGCAUCAGGCCUGCCCUGUGCAGAGGGGUCGCCGUCCCUGCUGGAGCACCUGGGCAGCCACAUCGACAGGCCUCCGCCCUCCGAUGACAGCUCUGCCGCCACUGUGCCAGUGAGGGAGAGGAAGUACUCGUGUGAGCGAUGCGACCGGCGCUUUUACACCCGUAAGGAUGUGCGACGUCACGCCGUGGUGCACACGGGGCGCCGUGACUUUCUGUGCCCACGAUGCGCACAGCGCUUUGGCCGCAGAGACCAUCUGACUCGCCAUUUGAAGAAGAGCCAUGCCCAGGAGUCGGGCUUGAUGCCCCCCGGCUGCACCCCUGUGGCUGAGCCCACCGCGGCCACCCAGUGCUCCGUGAAGGACGAGCCGAGCCCCGUGGCGUCUGAUGUAGGCCCCGGGUCCAAGGAGCCCAUGGAGACGUUCCCCAGGGACAUGUACAACUCCUACCCCAUGGCCAAUCCGGUACCUGGGAUGGGCCACCCUCAGGGCCUUAUGCAGGGCUCCUUGUCCUCGAGUAUGGGUGUUGCUCGCCACAUGCCCCCCCAAUCUACUCACCACCAUCACCUGCAGCCCCCGGUGGCUCCGCAGCAGCAACCCUACAGCAACAUGGCCAGAUACCAGCACGGAUCUACCUCAUACCCUCGCACCGACGUGGACAGUUUCCUGCUGGACCUGCAGAGUGCCCCCCCACCUCACCUGAGUGCAGUCAACUCCUCUACCUCUACAUCUGCCUCCCCUCAGAGGGAGGUGCUGGGUGACGGUGUGGGCGCUGGCGGUGACCCCCACCUCCUGUCCAGGAGCCCUGCUAUCUCUACACCGGAGUUGUCCUGCACCACUAACAUGGACCUCGGGCCUCUGCUGGGCUUCUUGCCUUUCGGCCUGCCUCCCUACAGCCCUCACAUGGGGAUGGGGGGGUUAAUGAUGAGCUAUCCACCUGCAACCACCACCACUUCUCCUCCAGCCUCCUCCUCCGGGCUGUCUUCCCAGGCCCCAGGACCUUUCUUCUUCCAGCCUCCACCAGCUCAUGUACCACAAGGCCCUGGAGCCCAUAACCACAGCCAGCUACCUCAGGCAUACAGCAGUCCUGCUAUGAGCACUUCCAGCUCCCUACCUCACUACUACCAGGCCUUUCAGCAGUAAGCAGCUCUGUCCCUAAAAAAUGUUGCCUUUGAACCCUGCUCAUGCUUUUUUUUU